UUAUUGUUAUUGUUAUAUAUAUAUAUAUAUAACACAUUUAAGUUUUUGUUUUUGUAUUUUGUGAAACACAACCGGCGAGGCCUAACACCACCCAGCAGAUCCACGGAGUUUCCUGGACGCUCUCACCGAUGGAUCAGUACAGCAUUCUGGGCAGGAUUGGGGAAGGGGCCCACGGUAUAGUCUUUAAAGCCAAACACAUUGAGACGGGAGAAACUGUCGCCCUGAAGAAAGUAGCUCUGAGAAAGCUGGAGGAUGGCAUCCCAAACCAGGCACUGCGAGAGAUCAAAGCCCUGCAAGAGAUCGAGGACAAUCCAUACGUGGUGAAGCUGAAGAACGUGUUCCCGCACGGCGCCGGCUUCGUCCUCGUCUUUGAGUUCAUGCUGUCCGACCUCUCGGAGGUCAUCCGCAACUCGGACCGGCCGCUCACCGAGUCCCAGGUCAAAGGGUACAUGAUGAUGCUGCUGAAAGGCGUGGCAUUCUGCCACGAGAACUCCAUCAUGCACCGGGAUUUGAAACCUGCCAACCUGCUGAUCAGCUCCACUGGUCACUUGAAGAUUGCUGAUUUCGGACUGGCACGAGUGUAUUCAAACGAAGAGGGACGCCUCUACAGCCACCAAGUGGCCACAAGAUGGUACCGGGCCCCUGAACUCCUCUAUGGAGCUCGUAAAUAUGAUGAAGGAGUUGACCUCUGGGCGGUGGGAUGCAUCUUUGGGGAGCUGCUCAAUAACUCUCCUCUCUUCCCCGGAGAGAACGACAUUGAGCAGCUGUGCUGUGUGCUGAGAGUGCUGGGGACCCCCAAUGAGAAGAUCUGGCCGGAGAUCACAGAGCUGCCAGAUUACAACAAGAUCACUUUCAAAGAGAACCCGCCGAUUCCGCUCGAGCAGAUCGUGCCUGACGCCUCCCUUCAGGCUGUGGAUCUGCUCAAGAGAUUCCUGGUGUACCCAGCGAGGGAGAGGAGCACAGCCAGGCAGGCCUUGCUGCACCCCUACUUCUUCACGGAGCCCUUGCCUGCCCACCACUCGGAGCUGCCCAUUCUGCAGCGCGGGGGGAAGCGAUCCCGGCAGAGGCUGCAGCACCCCUACGAGUUCACAGUGGACCAGCCCUUAGAGGACAGCCUGGUGGAGCCUGAGCUGAUUGCAGGGCACUGCGGGGUCGUGUCCUGAAACCGCC